AUGUAUUUGAAAUCACUCUACAUUCUGUGUAGUAUCCUUAAAAAUUAUGGUUUAGAAGAAGCCUCAACAGUAUUAUAUAAUGAAUUACUAAAGAAAUCUGCAUUGCCAAUAAACAUAAAUUAUGAUUGCAGUGAAACUGUAGCUAUAGAAGAGGAGCUUUAUUUAAGAUGUCCAAAUGUUGUCUUAAAAAUUCUUGAUGAAUUCUUUUCUCUAAUUGCUUGUACUUCAAACCAUAAUGGCUUUGUAACUUUAGAGAGUAUUAUUAGUAUAAAAGAUAAGUUCUCCAAUUUAUUUAGGAAGUUUUGUAGGAAAUUGAAUGGGUACUUAAGUGUAAAUAAUGCUGAGGUAUUUGAUCUUCCAACUUCAAACUUUUAUAAACAAAAGAUUGGAAUUAACAAUUUGACAUCCCAUGAAGAUUUUCAUUUGUUUUUUGAGAAUUUUGGGAAAUCUUUUUAUCCCCUACUUUCAGUAUAUGGGCAUCAACAUAUUGAAGAUACGGAAUUUGGGACAUGUGGAGAGUCUGCUAGUAUCUAUAUUGUCAAAAUAGACAAAACAGGCAAUAGUAUUAUUACAGCUGGUGACGAUGGUAUAAUUAGAUUGUGGAAUACUAAUACUGGAAAUUUAAUAUUGUCUAUCAGAAGGCAUAUGGGAGACAUCACUGACUUAGAUAUUAACUCAAAUAAUACUUUAAUAGUAUCAUGCUGUGGGAAAGGAUAUGUUUGGCUUACAUUUGUUUGUGGAAAUAACUGGAUACCCUUAGCUAUAAUUGAAAACCCUGAUCGUAUGACAUUUUCAAAAUUUGCUUGUUCAAGAAAUCAAACAAAUAAUGAUAAUUUGUCGUUCUGCAACUCAGAACUACUUCUAACUGCGGGAGAUAAUGCAAUUGUAUCGAUCUAUAAAGUAAUUGAUUUAAUAAAGCAUGGUUUGCAACACUGGAGAUACUAUAAAUCUCAAUCUAAUUGGACAAAACAAGUAAUCUCGAAACUAAUUUCUAAUAUAAAAAUGGAAGAUUGUCUACUAAGUAGUUCAGCACCCUUGCAAAAUUCAUCAAUAUUUUAUAAGGCUUCCCCUCUAUACAAAAUAGAUCUCCAUCCUUUGAUACCAAGAGCCUUUGACAUUUGUCUCACCCCAAUGCAUCAUUAUGCACAUUUUGAACAACAUGAAUGGUGUAACUCUAUAUAUUUUUCAGUAGGAGCAUAUUUAUUGCCGAAUUAUACACACAAGAAUAUAUCGAUUAAAGUCACAAAUUCGGAAUCAAUUACAUUAACUUAUGAGAUUAAAGGUAUAAACAAUUCAAAUGGAUAUGCCUUAGUAUUUUGCAUAUCCUUAUCAUAUGAAGAAAGUAAUCAAACAUCAAUUUAUAUGAUCCAAGAUAUGCCACAAAUUCAUUGUGACCACCCUGAUGUUUCAUUUGCAAAUAAUUCUAACGACUUAAUUACAGCUUCUGAUGAUGGAGUAGUGAUUAUGUGGAUUCUCUCUUCAUACAAUAUUCUUAAAUCACUAAAUCUAAAAACCUAUAUAUCUGAGCGAAUAGAAAAUAAUGCCUAUUCUAGACGCAAAAAUAGUGGAUUAGCUAAUUUAAAUGUCAAUAGAAAUGCAACUCCUGACUGUUCGUUGUCAGAAGAUGAUUCUGACUAUACUAAUUUGCUCAAUAAUACCGACUACUCUAAUAGUGAGGUAAAUAGGCGUAACCCAUUCCGUAACUCACGUAAUACUAUGAAACAGGCUAUACAAAACUUUGAAAAUGAGAAAACUAGUGAGCAAAAUGUUGCUCAAUUAAUUGAUAGCAUUGAGUGGGUUUGUAAUGACUCUAUGGUUUGUAUUGCCCACGUGGCUGUGUCUAAGAGUUCCUUAGAACGUCAACGUAAUUUGAAUUCGGUAUACUGUGUUGAGUGUUGUGUUUCUUUUUUCUCAAGAGUACUGAAUGGACGUAGAAUAGUUGAUGUUGUACUUCCAGCUACUCAUUCUCGUUUUGCAUGUCUCAAAGCUCAUCCUAAACUACCUCAUAUUAUUUUGGCAAUAACAUACAAUGGAAGUAUAUUUAUAAUAUCUCAAAGAAAAAUAUGCAAUGCUAUGAACUAUGCCAAAAUUUUUAUUUCAAAAAAUACUAAGAAUCGCAACAGAACUACAAGUAAAACUUCAUAUGAAGAAAAAAGUAGUUGCUCAGAGCCUUUUACAUCAUCUCCAAAUAUAGUUUACCACUACUUAAAUAUUAAAAAUCCAUAUUUAAAUGCUUGCUGGUUUCCUAGUGGAAUUGGAUUUGUUGCUUCACAAAAAUAUGGUUGUUAUACAAUUUUUUACUUAGGAAAUAACUACCAGACCAGUACUAAAAGUAUCUUUCAAUCUUACAAAUAUUCACUAUACGAACAAUUUUUUUUAAGCGACUUUUCCGAGGUACACAAACAUGAUACAUGGGGUUUUAUUGAUCCGAAUCUUAGAAAACCAAUUUAUUUACUACAACGAUCAGUUAUAGUUGAUGCAAAAAAGAGGAUGUAUCCUGAACUAAUUCAACCUCCUAUACCUCAAGCUUCUCCUUUAGGAAGUCUUUUUACAAAGGAAGAUCUUAAAUAUCCAAAUAUAAUAAGCAGAAUUUCAGAUAGAUUACCUAUGAUUAUAAACUUACCAUUAGUAGGGGCAAAUUCAGAUUCUGUGGCUAGUGAGUCCAAUAUCUAUGUAGAGAGAUGUAAAUAUAGAAUUUCAUACAAAAAAAAAGAGAAGCAAAAUAUUGUAAAUCAGUCAGGAAAUAUAUGGUCGGCACUUCCUCAGCCAAACAGAAGCCAAAGUCUUAAUCUUAAUCAGCACAACAAUGUUUUACCUAUCUUGUCACCUAGUAACAAUUCAAUAGCAGCUGAAACUUUUAGUAUAAGUUAUGAAAGUGAAGGAAAUGAAAGUAGUAGAACGUCUCAAUAUACUAAUGAUGAGGAUUUUGCACCGAAUAGUGGUGGUACAACUAGAGAAUUAUCUCAACAAUAUUCACGAAGACGUCGUAUAAGGAAUGUGACCAGAUCAAACAAUAGGGCAAUAUCUACAUCACCUUCUUUAUCAAGUGAUGAAUAUGGAUCGGGAGAUAUAACAUCGCAAGAUUCCUUAUUUGACGAAAUAAGGCAAAGAACAAGGACAAGAACACGAUAUAGAAUAACAAGAAGUAGAAGAAAUAUUGAAGAACCAACUGGAAGUGAUGAGGCUUUGGGAUUAGACCUUAAACUUGAUGAAGACAAUUCUAAUACUUUCCACUGCCACUAUUACAAGCUUGAACUUAUUAACUCAUACUGGAUUCCUUAUGAGAGUACUAAACUUAAUCAUUCUGCUGAUUUCACUUGUAUUUUAUGCACAAGAUCUACAUCUUGUAUUUUGGGGUUUGAUCUAACGGACAAAUAUAGUAAAGACUUUACAGCUAAUAUACCAGCUCCUAUAUUGCAUGGUGUAAAUGGAUCCAUUGAUAUGGGUUCAAUAUUAGGUCCAUUUGAUUACUCUUUUGCUGAGAGCAGUAUUUAUUCAAAAGAUAUUAAGCUUGUUGAUACUUCAAGUAAUCAAUUAAGCAAUAAUAAAGUGCAGAAACCCUUUUACAUUCAUUCCCGAUGUUUAAUUACCUUGCCUAACUUACAUUGGGAAUUCGCUAAUAAAGAGUACAUUUAUACAAAUAUGUUUGAUAUUAUAUAUAAGCUGUACAAGCCAGAUACUGAACCAAAUUCAGUACCUCGUUUAGCAACUAACUCUCUCCAAUUUAAAAAUAAUAUUCUGUUAACUAAUUGUGAUUUUUGUCAUACUUAUGGAGCAUCCAUAAAAUGUAAUAACAAACGUUGUAGCAGACGAUAUCAUUAUAUCUGCACCAGUAUGAUCUAUCACUCUUUUCCCUCUUUAUCAUCUGUUUUUCAAUCACCAAGGGAAUCAAGUCAUUAUUGGGCUGAUAUUUGUCUAUAUAAUUCAUUUUAUUGUCCAAAGUGCAUUAUAUCAAAAGCAGAUGAAGAACAGAAGGGGUACUCAAAAAGGGACUGUUUUGCAAACAAUGAUGACUUGUCAAUUUGCAGAAGAGCAUGGUUAUUGAAUAGUUGCAAAUGGUCGUGCUAUGUACCGCAAAUUAAUGAUGUAAUAUACUAUUUCCCUAUAGGACACUCAGCUUUAUUUUCGGAUGACAGCUUCUAUAAACAAUUUAUUACAAAUAAAGUGAGUAGCUGCAUUGAAGAUAACAAGAGAAGUAGAUUAAUUCUUGAUAAAAAUACAUAUUUGAAGUGCAAAGUUAUUAAUAUAUCAUAUGCAUUCUAUAACGUUGUUGAUCCUGAAAUUCAAGUAAUAUUAACGCUUGGCUUAAUUAGACAAAAUUAUUCAGAUACAGAGUUGGCAGAAGAUUGUAGCUGGCAAAUAAGGUACUUACCUGUACAGGGACCUGAUUAUUUAAUCCUGGAACAGUGCGUAAAUAAGAGCUUGGAUAUAUUUAGAACAACCAAUAUGGUUGGGUCACCCUGCUGGCUAUAUGUGGAUGGUUCUUGGCAUGAAGCUAUUGUUAAGCAAAUUGAAAAGAAUUUUAUAUGGGAAAUGGUCAAAAUAUCAUGGUUAUCUACUGAUCCAAUGAAUAUUACUGAAGAAAGUGAUGAAUGGGUUAAUCCAUGGGAGCUAUACUUUAAGGAUCCACUACUAAGUAUAGAAAAUAAAGAUGACCGAAGAAAGGAACUACUGAAGAUUUUUACAUGGAUAGCCUCUCAAGGAUCUCACUGCUCAUCAUUUUCACUUGUUGAUUUAUUCAUGAAACCAGUACCAAUAUAUUCUAUGAAGCGACAAGAUAAGGCAUCUUCAGGCUAUUCUAGCGAUAAAUGGGUCCUUUAUUACUGGAGAGAAAUACCCUUACCUCUUUGUAUUGAAGAUAUAAUAGAAAGGAUUAAAGUUAGUUAUUACAGAUCUGACCUUAGUCUAAUAUUUGAUGUAAGACUUUUAAGAGUAAACUGUGAACACUUUAACCAAGAUAAUAAUGUUUUAACUAGAGCAAUAAGAUAUAUUGAACUAGAACUACUUCGUCUCAUUCUAGCAAAGAGAUUACCUCGUUAUAUUUUACAGACUCAAAUUGACAAAAUUAUGGGUGAAAUUGUAAAUUCUACAGAGUCUACACUUUUGUUUAGUCAAAGUGCUUGUAAUACUUCCAAUGAAAGCUCAUAUCAAAAAUCAAAGAUCUGUGCACAAUCGACUUCUUACAUUGGGCUUUUUUCAAAUAAAAUAGAAGAGGAUAAAUAUAGUGAAGCAAAUACUUGUAAAUAUGUCAUAAAGAGAAGACAGCAGAAAAGAAGCCCUGAAUACUUUUCAGAAGAAAGUGGAAACUCCUGCAAAUCAAAUUCUAAUUAUUCCGACUCAUCUCAAUCAUCAAGGAUAGUAACCCGUCUUAGUUCAAAAAAAAGAGCUUUUAAGAAAAGAUUAAAGCGAUAA